AUGAUGAUGAUCUGCUCUGACCCCCCCGCAGAGACUUCCCCGGCCCGCUGGCAGGGAGCAGGGCCCUGCGAGAGACAAGCGGCGGGUGCAGCCCUGGUGUCUGCGCGGGCAGGGGUCCCUGGGCACCGAGCUAUUCAGCUCGGUGCCCCGCCCCAGGGCCCGCGCUGCGGCCAGGCAGCCAAGCCCCUUUCCUCACGGCCAUGGGGGGGGGGGGUCCCCCUGCCCACACUGGGACACGAGGAAGGCGCGCGGCGCCUCCUCAGCUGGGCAGGCGGGGAAGGAAGGGGGCCGCGCGGGCAGACACGAGACGGGACCGGGGCGGGCCUCCAAGGCUCCUCCCGCGCGCGCCCGGCCCUACGAUUGGCUGGCGCCUGGCGGGCCGGGGCUGGCGCCAAUUCGAAGAGCGGGUCCGGAGCGCCAGCCAGCUCCGGCCAGUCCCGCCGCGUCCCGCGCAGCCCCGCCAUGCCCGCCGCGCCCGAGCAGCAGCGCCCGGCGCCCUCGCCGCACGGGGAGCUGCAGUACCUGGGGCAGGUCGAGCACAUCCUGCAGCGCGGCCACCGGAAGGAGGAUCGGACCGGGACCGGCACCAUCUCCGCGUUCGGGCUGCAGGCGCGGUACAGCCUGAGAGAUCAGUUUCCUUUGUUGACAACAAAACGAGUGUUCUGGAAGGGAGUGCUGGAAGAGCUGCUAUGGUUUAUCAAGGGUUCAACAAAUGCUAAAGAGCUCUCUGCAAAAGGAGUGAAGAUUUGGGAUGCCAAUGGAUCACGUGAAUUCUUGGAUAAACAAGGUUUCACUGACAGAACAGAAGGGGAUUUGGGACCAGUGUAUGGUUUCCAGUGGAGACACUUUGGAGCUGAAUACAAAGAUAUGAAUACAGAUUACUCAGGCCAAGGAGUGGACCAGCUGCAGAAUGUAAUCGACACAAUCAAAAACAAUCCAGAUGACAGAAGAAUCAUCAUGUGUGCUUGGAAUCCCAAAGAUAUUUCACUAAUGGCUUUGCCUCCAUGCCACGCUCUGUGCCAGUUUUAUGUUCUAAAUGGUGAACUGUCUUGCCAGUUGUAUCAGAGAUCUGGAGACAUGGGACUGGGGGUGCCUUUCAAUAUCGCCAGUUAUUCACUGCUCACAUAUAUGAUUGCCCAUGUCACAGGCCUGAAGCCUGGUGAAUUCAUACACACACUAGGAGAUGCUCAUAUAUAUCUGAAUCAUGUUGAACCUUUGAAAAUUCAACUUCAGAGAGAACCACGACCUUUCCCAAAACUCAAAAUUCUUCGUAAAAUUGAAAACAUCAGUGACUUCAAAGCAGAUGACUUUCAGAUUGAAGACUAUAACCCACAUCCAGCUAUUAAAAUGGAGAUGGCUGUUUAAUGCACUUAACUUUUUAAACAUGAUAGGAGUCUGUUUCAUAAGUAUGUUACCUUCUCUGUACUUAAGCUCAAUGUGAUGCUCUUAAAUGUUGCUAAAACAGUUAAAUAACUUUGAAAGGGGUCCUGCUCUAGACCACGGACUGUUCAGAAGCAGGUUAACAGUUGUGAAGUAUCUUUAAUGAGAAAUGUAUGUUAAUGGAAGUAGGUUGCCUUCCUGCAGGUGACAUUGAACCAAAUCUUGGUGUAAAAGAAAAAAUUAGCCCUGUUUACUAGUCAGUCUUUGAGUUCAGAGAUCUCUGUUGGAAGGUGACUCUGGGUUGUAUAUUUCUACUGUCUAUAAAUCAUUCAGGAAUUGGCUGGAGCCCCCCUAAGUUGUUACUGGGUUUAAGUUAAUAUUUCAAGCUUUUCCUUGUUCUGCACUGUAGCCUGAGCAGUGAGAAGUGUUUAGUCUUGUUCUGUAUUAGUUACUUACCCUUAUGUAUUAGUAAGUAUUUAAACAAAACACUUGUUAUAGCAGGAUUUUUUUAAGCUUGAAAAGUGGUGAUAAGAAUGUUUAAUAAACUUGUAUAAAUAUUUUUAA